UCUUCUUUUAGACCCAAUGUCUGUACCGAAAAGGAAGAAGACGAAAAGACCUUAGAAGAAGGUGAUGAAAAGGAAGAAACUGAAACUGCUGUUGGCACAGAAACCGUUAAACAACCCAGUUUUGGACAGUUCCAAUUCCAAUUGAAUUCAUGUGUGGAAAAACCCAAUAAAUAUAUUUGUACCCGAGUUAUCAAUAAAAAUGGCAAAAAGAAAACUUUGACCAUUUCACGUCAAUGCUGUCAUGGCUAUGGGCGUCCACGUAAUGCUGCUUAUGCAACACCUUGCGAGAAAAUUGAAAUCAAAGAUAUCGAUGCAACGGCUAGCGAUUUAGGCGCCAAAGAGUUUGUGGCCAAAGCAAAAAGCAGCGGCUUAGGCGACUCUAUACAAUCACGUAAAAACGUAACUAUCUUUUUGCCUUUGGAUGAGGCAUUCACAGCUUACAGUGAUGCCGUACAAAGUGAAAAUAAUUUGGUUGAAAUGAAAUCGGAUGAUGGCAUUAAACAAUUGUACUUGCGUCAUGUGGUCGAGGGGGAAAUUAGCUUGGAUGAUGUACGCAAUGAACAGAUUUUAAAGACACAAGUAGAUGGCCAAACUAUACGCAUUAACAGUUAUCAAAUGCCUAUUUCUUUGAGUCCGGAACCUUAUCGUUAUACCGCCAAUUGUGUGCCCAUUGAGAAACACGAUAAACUUUCCGAACAGGGUUUGAUUCAUACCUUAGCGGGCGUUUUGAAACCUGCCAAUAAGAAUGUUAUGGAUAUUAUCCGUCAAAGAGCUGAUAUGUCGAUUAUGCGUACAGUUUUGGAAAAUACAAAGUUAAAUGAACUUUUGGAGGGUGAAAAACCAGUUACCAUCUUUGUACCCACCGAUGAUGCCUUUGAGAAAUUGGAACCACAUUUGCGUAGAGCUUUGAAGGAGGGCAAGGGUUGUGCUUCUAACAUCCUUAAAAACCACAUUUUGGAUUUGACCUUCUGUUCGGUGGCCUCUGUUCCGGGUGCUAAGACCACAGCCUACAAUUUAUUGGGUGAACCCAUGCGUUUCAAUCGCAGCAAAUCUUCUGAAGCCGACUCUAAAGCCCUACAACCUGUUAUCAUCAAUGGCAUUGCCAAGAUUACUGAGGCUGAUAUUAUGGGAUCUAAUGGUGUUGUCCAUGUCAUCGACACCAUUAUGCCCACCGAAUCGGCUUUACCUUUAUCCUCACUGAUGCAAGAGAAAAAUGUCACCAUAUUCAAGAGACUUUUGGAAGCUACCGGUUUGGACAACAAAUUCGAUGAUAUGGAUAAUGUUACCGUAUUCGCCCCCACCGACAAAGCUUUGCAAAACACCCAAUGGGCUAAAUUAUUAGAGGAAUCCCCUGAACAAUUGAAAGAUAAUCAAGAAUUGAUAGAAUUCCUUAACUAUCAUAUUGCUCAGCCCAUGAUUAAGACUUGUGAUUUGCAAGAACAACUUAUGCCCACCGUGGCUGGUGAUAAAGUUCGGAUUAAUCUCUAUUCCACUCAUGCUCUCUUCUCGAAUGUCAUGAAUCGUGCCACUGUCAAUUGUGCCCGUUUAGUUCAUUUCGAUGAUGAAAGUUGUGGUUCCGUUUUGCAUCAAGUCGACAAAGCUUUACAGCCGGCCAAACAAAAUCUUUUGGAAAUGUUAGAAGCCAAUCCUAAUUAUAGUAAAUUCUUGGAUUUAGUGCGCUUGGCUAAUCUUACCGAUUUAUUGGCUAAUGCUGAGGGUGAUUACACUUUGUUGGUUCCCAAAAAUGAUGUAUUCGAAGAACUUGAAGAUUCUCUUAGCAAAGAUCAGUCGGAAUUGGAAAAUCUUAUCAAGACUCAUAUUGUUGAUGAUGUCGUCUGUUGUGCCGGCAUUAUACCCACCAACUGGCCUUUCGUGCGUUCCAUUGAAUCCUUAAAUGGUCAUCAUUUGCGCAUUACCCGUGAUCGUCGUCCCAAGAUUCAAAAUGCCGGUGUUACCAAAUGCGAUACCAUUGCCUCCAAUGGUAUUAUCCAUGAAAUCAAUGAUGUUAUAGUUCCUCUCUCACGUCAACAACAGCAACAAGAACAAGCCCAUAAAAUUCCACAAUAUCCCGGUCAUCAAGCUCAACGUCCCCACCAACAUCCCUUCCAAAAUCCCGAAGAUAUUUUUGGUGAUCUCUUUUUCUAAAUGUUGUUUGGGGAACCAGCCUUUGGACUUAUAGUGAAAAUUCAAAGCUCUAUUAAAAUUCCAAUACUUUUCGUCUCCACCACCUCCUUACUAUCUUAACCCCCCCCCCCUCAUGCUAAACAUUUUUUUUAACGAAACAUA